AUGACGCACGCCCUGGAAAUAAAAAACCUCAGCAAGCGCUACCGCAUCAGCGGCAAGGAAAUGUUUAACGCUUUGGAUAACAUCAACCUCACGCUACAAGCCGGUGAAGUUCUGGGCCUCAUCGGGCACAACGGAGCGGGAAAGUCAACCCUGUUGAAAAUCCUGUCACGCAUCACCUAUCCGAGCGCAGGCGAAGUAAACAUCAACGGUUCUAUUGCCUCCUUGCUAGAAGUGGGCACCGGUUUUCAUCCGGAAUUAACCGGCAAAGAAAACAUCUUUUUAAACGGCUCCAUUCUGGGCAUGAGCCGCCCUACCAUCAAGCAGCGCUUUGACGAAAUUGUAGAAUUUGCGGGCGUUUCGCAGUUUUUAGACAUGCCCGUAAAGCGCUACAGCAGCGGCAUGUUUGUGCGACUGGCUUUUUCGGUGGCGGCCCAUUUAGAUGCUGAUAUUCUCUUGAUUGACGAAGUGCUGGCCGUGGGCGAUCAGGAAUUUCAAAAGAAAUGCCUGAGCCGCAUGAACGACAUCAGCAGCCGGCAAGAACGCAGCAUCAUUUUCUCGAGCCACAACAUGAGCGCCAUCAGCAGCCUUUGUCAUAGGGUGGGUGUGCUGAAAAACGGCCGGCUUAUGAAGCUGGGCGAGCCACAAAAAAUGAUAGAUUUUUACCUGGAGGAGAUGGACAAUUACCAGCGCCAUGUUCCCAUUGCCCAGCGCACGGAUCGGGAGAAUGACGGCCGGGGAAAAAUAAUCCGCCUAAGCCUGCCCAAUCAAAAAGUAAUUUCUCAACAAACCGCACAGUUAGAAAUUGAAAUUCAAAUAAACGAAGCCCCGGUGCAAAGUGCGCGCGUGGAGCUACACGUGUUUAACAGUCGCACCAAUUUCAUUACCACCUUAGAGCAUUCCUUUGCUCCGCAAGGCAACACGCAAAAGCUGACAUGCACCUUGCCGCACAUGAAUUUCAUGCCCGGUGAUUUUUUCAUCAACGCCCACCUAUUCCUCAACGGGCAGCGCAGCGAUUUUGUGGGGCGCGCACUCUACUUCACCGUGGUGGAAGAAAAUUUCAAAGCCAACAAAAUGGCCAACUUGCGCAAUAACCCGGGGGUUUAUGUGGCGCAGGAGUGGCGGCCCCUCGACUCCCCUUCGUAA